AUGCAACGGGGGAGACAGACAAAAUUAAGUAGAGGGGACUCUGAAAUGGAUGGGCCUUAUGAACGGAGAAAUGAAACGAUUAAACAUUUACGGAGGGUGUUAAAACGCAGCCCUUUUGUACGUGCCCGUUGGGGUAUUGGCAGCAAGGAGGUCAGUUUGUUACUGGACACUGGGGCUGAAGUCAGUUUAGUGGACGAAAGUGUCUUAACAAGUGAUGAGCGUAAGACAAUGAAAGAACCAGACACAAAACCGCCCCAGGGGGUGAGCGGUGAAGUCAUUAACAUUGUGGGUACCCUUACAAAAACAGAGAGAGUGGGUGGUCAAGUAGUAAGAAACUAUAAGUUCUUUGUGGUCAAGAACUGUUACAAAAUAUCUAGCAGGGAUUGA